AUGGAUAUUUUUUGUCGUAAUGUUAGAGGAUUUAACGAUCCAGUAAAGCGGAGAAGUUUCAAGAAGUGGAUAAAGGCGCAUAAGCCUCUUUUUGGUGGGAUCGUAGAGACUCACGUCAGUCCUGACAAGGCGCAGCAUAUGGUAUCGUGUGUCCUUCCAGGAUGGUUUUUUGCGGAUAACUAUGACUACUCGGAAUUAGGGAAAAUUUGGGUCAUUUGGCACCCAACAAAUAAGGUUUCAGUCAUCACAAAAUCCCUCCAGAUGAUAAUCUGUUUGGUAAAACUACCUUUUGUUCACUCAGAUAUUAUCAUCUCAAUAGUCUAUGCCUCCUCCAUUGGCAGUGAAGAGAGGAGAGAGUUAUGGUCGGAGAUUCAGGCUUUCUCAGCGUCAUCUGUCAUAGCAGGUAAACCUUGGGUGCUAGUAGAAUAUUUUAACCAAGUACUAACUCCCCAAGAACAGUCAAAAGCGUCGUCAUCCUCACAGUCAAGGGGAAUGAGAGAUCUCAACCACUGUCUUAUCAGUUCACAUCUCUUUGACCUUUCUUACUGCGGAAACACGUUCACCUGGUCCAACAAUCAUACCGUCAUUCCAAUCGCAAAGAAGCUGGAUAGGAUACUAGUGAAUGAUGGAUGGAUGACAAAUUUCUCCAAAUCAUUAGCGGUAUUUGGAGAACUUGGCUUCUCUGAUCACAGCCCCUGCUGCCUUUUCCUGGAGACAAUAAAGCCUAAGAUACGUCAACCAUUCAAAUUUCUGACUAUGUUAAACAAGAAUCCGGAUUUUGCUCCGUUGGUCAAUAGUUGGUGGUCUGCCUUAGCUUUUGAUUGCUCAAAGAUGUUAAAGGUUGCAAAAAAACUCAAGGCAUUGAAAAGAGUGAUAAAAGAUUUCAGCAAUGAAAACUACUCUCAUUUGGAAAAAAGAGUCAAGGAAGCUUUCGAGGAACUUCAAAGUUGUCAACAAAUCCUGCUAGCCUCACCUUCUUCUCAAGCUUUGCACUUGGAGAGGGAGGCACAUAGGAGGUGGUGUACUUUAGCAAACGCAGAAGAAUCCUUUCUCAGACAAAAAUCUCGUAUCUGCUGGCUGGAAGAGGAAAUCAAGGAUGUUUUUUUCUCUUUGCCAAAGAACAAAGCACCGGGACCUGACGGAUACUGUGUAGAGUUCUUCACUGCUCACUGGAACACAGUUGGAUCAGACAUGAUCGACGCGGUUAUGGAAUUCUAUCAGUCUGGUCAGCUUCUGAAGCAAUGGAACUCAACCUUAUUGACUCUCAUUCCAAAGACUCCAAAUGCUUCAAGGAUGUCUGAGUUUCGACCUAUUGCAUGUUGUAACACCAUUUACAAAGUCAUCUCCAAGCUUCUGGCCAACCGGCUAAAGGCUGUUCUCCCGGACCUCAUUGCUAACUCUCAAUCAGCAUUCAUUCAUGGUAGGUUACUAGUCGAAAACAUCCUACUUGCAAUGGAAUUAGUCGAAGGAUACAAUCUCAAGAACAUCACUGCUAGAGGCAUGCUGAAGGUCGAUCUUAAAAAAGCUUUUGAUUCCAUUCAUUGGGAAUUCAUCACAAACACUCUCAAGGCACUUAAUUUUCCACCACAUUUCGUCAAGCUUAUCAAUGAAUGCAUCACAACUCCAACAUUCUCUAUAUCUGUAAAUGGCGAGUCUUGUGGUUACUUCAAGGGAACAAAGGGGUUGAGACAAGGAGAUGCCAUAUCGCCCUAUCUUUUCACUCUUGCGAUGGAAGUGUUCACUCAGAUGAUUAACAAGAGCUUCAACAACAAUCUCAUUGGACAUCAUCCUACAACUACCAAUCCUCAGGUUACUCAUCUUGCCUUCGCAGAUGAUAUAAUGGUUUUUUUCGACGGCCAAAAGGAGUCCCUGCAAAACAUCACCAAAGUGCUUCAAGAUUUUGAGAACAUCUCUGGAUUGGCGAUGAAUAAGGAUAAAACAUAUAUUUUUAUCGCAGGGGUUAACCAGGAUGAAACCUUGGAUUCUGAUUCGCUUGGCUUCAGAUUAGGUUCACUUCCCAUCUGGUAUCUCGGACAUAGAGAAUUGAUAGCUUCGGUAAUCUAUGGAACCGUCAAUUUCUGGGCCUCUACUUUCAUUCUACCAAAAGGAUGUGUGAGAAACAUUGAGAGUAUGUGUUCUCGGUUUCUCUGGUCGGGAUACAUUACUAAGAAGCCGAGCGCAAAAGUUUCAUGGAGAGCAUUGUGUCUACCUAAGGAAGAAGGAGGCCUAGGACUCAGAUGCAUUUCCAAAUGGAACAGAACUCUCUGUCUAAAACUAAUCUGGAGGCUAGUCACUGCUACUGAUUCUCUUUGGGCGGAUUGGAUACGAAACAACAAAAUCAAAGACGGUGUGUUCUGGCAAAUUGACGAGAAAAAGCAAGCUUCUUGGACAUGGAAAACUCUUCUUCAUCUCCGACCUCUUGCAAGUAGAUUUCUUCGCUGCGUAUUGGGAAAUGGUGAAAAGAUUUCUUUCUGGUUCGAUUCUUUCUGGUUCGAUUCUUUCUGGUUCGACUGGUGGUCUCCUUUUGGUCCCUUGAUCCAAUUCUUGGGGCCUACGAGUCCCUGUCAAACAGGUAUUCAACUAACAAGGUCAGUAGCUCAAGUGUGUUCAAACUCUGGAUGGCAAAUCAGACCUGCAAGAUCUCCUCAAGCGGAGCUUUUGCACACAUAUCUCACGACACAACAUGUACCUUCUCUCUGCACUGAAUCGGAUAGAUUUCUCUGGAAAGUUGAAGAUGAGAUAUUGGAUCAAUUUAAUACAAAGAAGACUUGGGAGGUUAUUAGACCCCGCCAAACACCACUCCAAUGGACAAAACAGGUGUGGUUUAAAGGUGCGAUACCAAGACAUGCUUUCAUGCUAUGGAUAACUCAUCUCAAUCGACUUCCAACAAGAUCCCGAACUUUUGUGUUCCACACAUGGAUUGCCUUUACGAAUUGGUUGGACAUGCCAGAUGCGGGAUCCUCUCAGACACUUCGAAGACUCGUCGCACAAGCAACUAUCUAUACCAUCUGGACCGAGAGAAAUGCACGCUUCCACAACAACGCGACAACACCAUCUCACAUCUUGUUCAAACUGCUGGAUAGACAGAUUCGAGAUGCCAUCCUUGCAAAGAGCCACCGUAAAAACUUCAAACGGCUAAUGCAUGACUGGCUCAAAUAUGUCUACUGA